AUGAGACAAUCUCAAUCAAUGUUCUCCAAAUGCAUUUAGAACAUGAGACUCAGGAAUUAAUUGAUUUUAAUAGUUUCUAUCUAAGCAUUCAUAAUUAUGUCCUAUGUUUUGGCAUAGAAUAUGAUUCAUCUUUCUCUACUUAAUGUAUAUUUUUCAGACACUUCCAACCAUUUGUAUAAGGAAAGUUCAAAUAGGAUUCAAUAAAAUAUAAUAAAAUUAUAUAGAAGCUACUUUGAUAAAGUCUUCUAUCUAAGUAAUAUAAUAAAUAAUUAGAUGGAAAUACCUUAAUCUCAUUUCACAGAUUGUAUCACCACACCAAAAAGUAAGUGGUGUUGUAAAAUAACUUCACAAUAAAUGAGUAAUUUUAAAUGCCGUAUGGUGGUAUAAACCCGAUUCCGGAUCCACUUCGAAUAAUUAAAGGAUAUGGUAACUUUGAUAUUUCUUAUUGCUUUAUGUGUUAUUCAAACCUAAGUUCAUACAGUCAACCGAAAACUAUAGAUGAAUUGGUGGGAAUAAAAAUGUAAGAAUAGGUUCAAGCUUACGGUUAAUUACUAUACUAAGGGAAGGAUAUCAACCAAUAUUUCUUUUAUUCCUAUAUUAAAAAGGAAAAAAUAACCUCGAUCUAUCCUUGCUUAAAUAGGGAGUAAGGAAUAUAUAGUUACAAACCAGAGUAAAGAGAUUGGUAUAUUGAGUUGUAAAGGAAUUAUGAUUAAACAGAAAAUUACAAAAACUACAAUUACACUUUUACAAAUCCUUUUAUAUGUAUGAUAAUUAUAUUACAUAAUUUAGUAUUUACGGAAAAAAAGAUUGGCUUGUCUAUGGCGAUGCCUAUUGUGGAUGAAUAAACUAAAUUGAUAGGCGGAGUGGGCUCAAUAUUCUUGGGAAAUGAAUUUGUUCAAGAAGUUGGGCAGAGUAAAUUCGGGUUUUAAAUUAUAUAUCUAAUUUCAAACGAAGGCAUUAUGAUUAUGCAUCCUUACAAGGUGUCUAAUGAAUACCUCCCAUUGUACAUAUUCAAUUAGACAAUUACUGGAUUCAAUUAAACUGAUUGGGAAGAGAUGAAAAAACAUAACGGAUCUUCAUCUUGCCCCAAUUUUGAUGUAUACAAUUCCUCUAUGUAAUGUCGAUAUAAUUCGGUGUAUAAUCAAGAGAUGAUCAUUGGUAUUCAAGAAAUAGCUGAGUUCAAGAUGAUUUUAAUAACGUACAAUGAUUCUAAAAAGUUAGGUUGUUAAGUAGCCAAGAAUACUUGGAGUUCUAUUAUCAAUUUUAAUAGAAAUUGUCAGAAAGCUUGCAAGAAACUUUAUCUUUAAAUAUAACCACCUUAUUAGCAUUGCUGAUAUUGGUAUGUCUCUGCAUUUAUGUUCUAAUUUAAGUUCUCUUUUAUCCAAUUUAUGUUGUGUAGGAAUAUGCAAAAAAUAUGAUCUCAUAAAAAAAGAAAAAGGAAAAAACCAUUCCAAUAUUUAUUCAAAGGUUGAUGAGUAAUUAAGUUCGCUAAUUGCUCCAAUCCUUUAAAUUUAUCGAAAACAAACUAGAAUUGUUAUCAUUUCGGAAAACAGAGCAAUGUGCAUAUUUUGAGAGUCUCUAAUUUCCACAAAAGAGUAUAUCAUUCAAACUUCACCUAUAAUAAUAUCAGAAUUUUCUUAAGAUUCACAAACUAAAAAAAAUAAAACUAAUGAAAAUGCAAAACGACUAAAAUUUCAAUUAAUCCAAUGCCCAAAUGUAGCAUAAGCUCUAUUUAAGGCAAAUUCUAUAGUUGGUUAAAAAGGCCAAUUUAGAUCAAACCUCAUGAAAUUUUACUAUUCUUUAU